CAUGACUACCUCAAAGACCAUCAUCCCCUCAUUCGCUGGCAAAACCAAGCAGAAGGCCGCUGUGUGCCAUGGCGCGCUGGAUCUGCGUGUGGAAGACCGCCCGGUGCGCGAGCCUGGAGAGGGCGAGGUGCAAGUCGCGAUGGGCGUUACGGGUUUAUGUGGUUCUGACCUCCACUACUACCUCCACGGCGCAAACGGGACUUUUAAGAUCCGCGACCCGCUCGUGCUGGGGCACGAGUCGUGCGGCAUCGUCACGGCUGUCGGUCCAAACACAUCACUGGCUGUCGGUGACCGCGUCGCGCUCGAGGUCGGCAUCAGCUGCCGCACCUGCGCAUACUGCAAGGAGGGGCGGUACAACCUGUGUCCUGAGAUGCGGUUCUGCAGCUCCGCCAAGACCCACCCGCACCUGGACGGCACGCUGUGCGAGGUGAUGGUACACCCCGCGCACCUGUGUCACAAGCUGCCGCCCCGCGUGACCAUGACGGAAGCCGCACUCGCCGAGCCCCUCAGCGUGGUGCUGCACGCAUACCGCAAGGCGGCGCUGCGGCCGGGCGCCCGCGUCCUUGUAAUCGGUGCGGGCGCUGUUGGCCUUUUGGCCGCCGCGCUCGUCAAGGGUUGCGGGGCGUCGACGGUGAUCAGCGUCGACAUUGAGGAGGCCAAGCUCGCGUUCGCGGAGGAGAUGGGGUGGGCCGACGCGACCAUUACGCUCCCGCGCGGCCCGCGCGUCUCGGGUGCUGACAGUCUCGCCGCGGCCCAGGGGACAUGGGACACCCUCAAGUCGUCCCCGGCCAUCACCGAGCGCGGGCUCGCGGCCGGCUUUGAUGCCGUGUUCGAGUGCACGGGCGUGGAGACGUGCAUGCAGCUUGCGUGCUAUGCGGCCGCGACCGGCGGCAAGGUGCUCUUCGUCGGCAUGGGCACACCCAACAUGCUCCUGCCGGCGUCGGCGACGCUGCUGCGUGAAGUCGACCUCCACGGCGUGUUCCGGUACGCCAACACGUAUCCUGAGGCACUUGCGCUGCUCGGCAGCGGGCGCCUGGGCGAUGUCGGCAAGAUGGUUACGCAGCGAUACCCGCUCGAGCGCGCCAGCGAGGCGUUCGAGGCCGUCAAGGCUGGUAGGGACGCCGAGGGCAAGGCCGUGAUCAAGGUGGUUGUGGGGACGGAGCUGGACUGAGUGGAGGAGGUGAGGGUAGUAGUGGACUCAGGAGGGGAGUAGACGGGGGAUUAGGGACCGAGGGUCGG